ACUAGUUGGGUGGUCUCGAGUUCGCGGUAGCCCUGCUCCAGUGCUGCAACGCCCGCGAGAUCGUGUGUGCUCGACCGACCUGCACUCGAUGGCCAGGCUCGCCGUCUUUGCCGCCUCCUGCGGCGUCCUCCUCCUCCUCGGCGCCUCGUCGGUGGCGUCGCGCGCGCCGACGGUGUACGUCGUCGGCGACGAUGCCAGGGGCUGGGCGGCGCCGCCGCCGGGCGACACCACCCACGCGCUGAGCAGGUGGGCCAUGAGGCACCGCUUCCACGUCGGCGACGUCCUGGAUUUCAAGUACUCGAAGAACGACUCGGUCCUCCUGGUGCGCCGCGGCGACUACGACGGCUGCCGCACGGCGAGCCCGGUGCGCCGGCUCGCCGGCGGCGGCGGCGGCGGCGGUGCCGACACCAAGUUCAGGCUCGACCGCCCGGGGCUCUUCUACUUCAUCGGCGGCGUGCCGGCGCACUGUGAGGCGGGGCAGCGCAUGGUCGUGCGCGUGGUGGACGAGCUCGGCGCUCCGACGCCCGCCCCGGCCCCGUCCCCGGGGGGAAUGGACGAGGAGCCCGCUCCGCCGUCCGGGGACCGCCCGAUACCUGUCCCGUUCAAGCUGUUCGUCGCGGCGUUCGUAGGGUUUAUCAGCGGAUGCUUCCUCGCAGGGUUCAUCGUGUGGUUGUGUAUGAACUGCCGCCGGCUCGUCGCCGCUAGCUAGAACUUGGAUUGUUUUUCCUGUAGCUAGUGCGGUACUGCUGCUCUCUGAUUGAAUUCCUUUUGUCUUCAACACUUUCUGGUAGCUGUUGCUUCUUAGGAUAUGGUAGGUUCACUUCUCUGAAAUUGUCUUGUUUUCCUACCUUUCUGCACUGUGUUUACUGUUUAGAAAAGGGUGCUUCUUCUCUG